AUGUCUAAAUUCAAACAUAAUGUAGAAGACGUAAUGAAUAAAUUAGAACAGCAAAUAAAAGAAAAUAGGAGAAGAACUAGAACUCUAAGUCUUGCCAAAUAAAAUAGUUUCAAUAGUUAAUGUAGAUAACGAUUAAAUACAAUGCAUCAUAUUGCAGAUCAUUUCUUGUUGAAAACAAUAUAUAUUCAGCCUUAAUAAGAUAUUUAAUAAAGAAAGAAAAUAGUAAAUCAGAGAUUGAAAAUAUAACAAAGAAAAUAUUACUAACAAUUAUUUUAUGAUAAAACUUUACACAAAAAUUAAAAAACUGAAGUUUAGCCAUUUGCAUCAUGUAUAACUUUAUCAUAAUUAAAUUAAAAUGCUAUACCCUUACCUAUAGUGUUCAAAUAAAAGAAGGAAAUUAAAAAAUUAACAAAACCUAACUCGAAAUUUAAUCUAAAUUGA